GUCAAACUAAUGUUUAGGAGGAGCGAGCAUGAGAGGUAAACUCAAAGGAUAACUUGGAGGAAUUAAGCAGUGAAAUCUCCAUCGUGGCUCUUUUAUAACUGGACUUUGAACAUGGACGAUGAAUGGGAAGAGGAGGAGCAGCUUGUUGUGGUGGAGCUUUCUGGUAUAAUAAACAAUGACUUUCUGUCCAAGUGUCGGACUACAUGCAAGAUACUGGAUAUUGACAGCGACAAGCCCAUGAUGCAAGUAGGACAGUAUGUGUUUGCAGGGGAAUAUGAAGAUGCCUUGGGAACGACUGUCCUAUUUGAGGAGGAACCACACAAAGGAAAAGCAGACAGUGGUCCAGAGCUCAAGUACAUGUGCCACACUGUGAAGAAACUUAUGAUGCAACGUAUGUUCCUCACUGAGAAGAAAGAAAGUGAAACCAACACAGCCGGAAGCUGUGAUGGUGAUGAACAGAGAGACUCCGCUGGUCCGUCAAGUCAAGUAGAAAAUACCAGGGAGACAGAAGAUGAGAUAGAAAACACUGAUUUGGAAGAUUCAGCAGUUGGUUGAGGGGGCUCUCUGAACUUAUAGAGACACUGCCACUUGUGAGACUAUGUGAGAAUCCAUCUCUGUAACUAUUCAAAGAAAGUUGUAUUUGUACAGUUAAGCAAUGGCUAACUAACUAGUUGUACUGUAUUGCACAUGUGCCACUAUCCUUUCCUCAUUGAACCUCAAGAAUUUAGUUCUUAAUCCAAAAGGAAACAUGGCUAAAAGACACCUAUACAGAAAACAUGCCUGCCACAAUUCAUAUUGUGGCCCAGUUUCUUUCAGAACGACAUGGGGGAGGUCCUGGGAAACGCGGUUACAGAUUUGGCUCACUGAAAUCUUGCCAUCUUAUUUUUUGAGGGGUGGUCUUAGUGUACUUUUUGUUGUUGUUGUUGUUGUUGUUGUUUUGAUUUGAUUGGUUUUUUUGUUUGUUUAUUUAAUGUUUUUAUUAAGAAAUGUGUCAAAUGAAAAGAAUGAGAAACUCAGAUGCAACAUACUAUGUGUGUUUUUUUACUAUUUGAAUUUCAAGCCCACUAAAACAAAAAAGGCAAUAUCAGAUACUAAUAAUAAUGAUAAUAAAUAAAUGAAUUGCUCCUUGUGUGGCCUGUGAAUACUGACUCACACAAGGGUGGGGCAAGUAAAGUAGACAUUCAAAGCAUUAAUAUGUUAAAACAAAAACAAAAAACAUUCUAAAUUAUAUAUUGCACAAUGUCACUUUCAAAGAAUAACCAUACCAGCCAUGUGAGAAAGUAAAAACACCAUAUAAACCAUCUAUUUUGGUUAAGAAAUAAAAAAGUAAGGAACAGGGUUGGAAAUGUAAUAGGUUACAGAUUACUAUUUACCUUGUUUAAAAUGUAAUAUGUAAUUUAACUAUUUCAUUUUCUUAAUCAAGGUAAUGUAACAUAUUACAUUUGAUUAGUUUUUGAUUAGUUUUCUAAUUUUCUAACAUGUUUUCAUCUGUUGGGGUAAAUGUACCCAUUAAACCCACCAAAAUCUGAGUUCAGGUGUUUUUC